AUGAGGAUAGCAGUAGAAGGGUGUAUGCAUGGAGAAUUGGAUAAAGUGUAUGCCACAUUAUUGGAAUUGCAACAAAUUGAGAAUAUAAAGAUUGAUCUUCUUAUAUGCUGUGGUGACUUUCAGGCUGUUAGAAAUAACAAGGAUUUGGAAUGUGUAAGUGUGCCAUCUAAAUAUCGAAUUAUGAACUCUUUCUGGAAGUAUUACUCCGGAGAAAAAAUAGCACCAUUGCCAACCAUAUUCAUAGGAGGAAACCACGAGGCCUCGAAUUACCUUUGGGAACUUUACUAUGGAGGAUGGGCAGCACCUAACAUAUACUUCCUUGGAUUUGGUGGUGUGAUCAAGUUUGGGAACGUUCGUAUUGGUGGCCUUUCUGGAAUUUAUAACUCACAUGAUUACGAAAAAGGGCAUUAUGAGAAUAAGUUACCUUAUAGUGAAAAUGAUGUUCGAUCCAUAUAUCAUGUUCGCGAGUAUGAUGUUCAUAAGUUAUUGCAAAUUGACGAACCAAUUGAUAUCUUUCUGUCGCAUGAUUGGCCUGCUGGCAUUACUGACUGUGGGGACUUGAAUACUCUUCUUUGUCAAAAAAAAGAUUCGCGUAAACUUGAGCUAGAGAUUCAUGAUGGAACUUUUGGUAGCAAACCUGCUGCAGAGUUAUUGAGAAAGUUAAGACCUUGUUACUGGUUUUCUGCACAUAUGCAUUGUAAAUUUGCUGCUUUAGUUCAGCAUGGUGAUGAGAAGGAUAGUCGUUGCACGAAGUUUCUAGCUCUCGAUAAGUGCCUUCCUGGUAGAAAGUUUUUGCAAGUUAUUGAAAUUGAGUCUAGAACAGGACCUCAUGAAUUUCAGUUUGAUGAAGAAUGGUUAUCUAUCACAAGAAAGUAUAAUGCUGUCUUGCCCUUGACAAUGAGUAACGCGAAUUAUGACAAUAUUAUUCAUGUUGACAUAGAAAAGUGUCGUCAGUUUGUAAGAAAUAAACUACGAACAAGAGGAUCCAAGGUGCCAUUUGAAUUUGUUCAGACUGCACCAUGCUACAAUCCUAAUUCUCAACCUGUUGCUAAUGGUCAAGUUAACCCUCAGACAGAAGCUCUUUUACAGUUUCUGGAACUCGAGUAUCGUUUUACUUAG